CUCACAUCUGACAACAUGCACCACCAGUGGCUGCUACUAGCUGCAUGCUUUUGGGUGAUAUUCAUGUUCAUGGUUGCUAGCAAAUUUAUCACAUUGACUUUUAAAGACCCAGAUGGCUAUGGUGCCAAGCAAGAGCCAUUGAUACUGACAGCUGUGACAAAAGUGGAGGAGGUACAUGUGCCAGAGGAAAAACAUUGGCCUGAAGAACUCCAGCCAACUGGAAAAACUUUGUCAGGAAAUCUGAUCCACCAACCCCUUGUUCAUAUGGAAAGACUUGAGCUUCUCAGGAAUGUCUGCAGAGACACUGCAUUGAGAGAUCUCUCUCACACUGCAGUUUCCAAAUUCGUCUUGGACCGAAUAUUUGUGUGUGACAAGCACAAGAUCCUGUUUUGUCAGACACCAAAAGUGGGCAACACUCAGUGGAAAAAAGUCUUGAUCGUUUUAAAUGGAGCAUUUUCUUCCAUAGACGAGAUCCCAGAAAACAUUGUACAUGAUCAUGAGAAGAAUGGCCUUCCACGCUUGUCCUCUUUCAGUGACUCUGAAAUUAAAAAACGAUUGAAUUUAUACUUCAAGUUUUUUAUUGUUAGAGAUCCAUUUGAAAGACUUAUUUCUGCGUUUAAAGACAAGUUUGUGCACAAUCCUCGGUUUGAACCUUGGUACCGGCAUGAAAUUGCUCCCGGCAUCAUUCGUAAAUACAGAAAGAAUCGCACAGAGACCAAAGGGCUGCAGUUUGAGGAUUUUGUGCGCUACCUGGGGGACCCGAAUCACCGGUGGCUGGAUGUUCAGUUUGGUGACCACAUAAUUCACUGGGUAACAUAUGUGGAACUUUGUGCUCCCUGUGAAAUCACAUACAGUGUGAUUGGACACCACGAAACCCUGGAGGACGAUGCUCCGUAUAUCUUGAAAGCAGCUGGCAUAGACCACUUGGUAUCAUACCCCACAAUCCCACCAGGAAUAACAGUGUACAACAGAACAAAAGUAGAGCGGUACUUUUCAGGAAUUAGCAAGAGAGACAUAAGACGCCUCUAUGCACGAUUUGAAGGAGAUUUUAAACUCUUUGGUUAUCGUGAGCCUGAUUUCUUGCUUAACUGA